AGUAAACUGCUGCAAACGAAAUCGACCUAAUAGCAAAAAGUUUACUUAUCAUAUUUAUGGACACGUUCGUUGAAAACUAGCGAAAGGACAUCAGUUACAUAAGAACACAGACUACUUAGGGAUACUACGUAUCAUAAUAAAGUUAAGAGCAGUUUACAACGGCUCCUAGUCGUACUUAUUUAAAAUUCGGACGAAACGUGAAUUCGGGCGUCGACCGGUCCAUCCCUACCAUAACCGUUCCUCUUGUCACCGCUGACUGCGAGUCGCGAGUCGGCGAGAAUCAUUUGGACGUAUCGUGCCGCCGCGGCACACGAGCUGGAGCAAUCGGCCGGUAGCGUGUUGUGUGUGUCGGUCUGCGCGACCGUUUAAUGUGGUAUACAGUGUCGGUGCUAGGUUAUAAUAAUCGCGCGGUGUGAUCGGGCGCGAUGGUGGACAUGGAUAGGAACGACCCGGAGCUCCGGUACCUGUCGGUGGACCGGAACAGCUUCAACGACCCCGCCACCCAGGCGGAGUGGACCCAGAAACGGCUGGUGUGGGUGCCGCACGAGAGCCAGGGGUUCGUGGCCGCGGGCAUCAAGGGCGAGCGCGGCGAUGAGGUGGAAGUGGAGAUUGCGGAGUCGGGGAAGAGGAUGUUGGUGCAGAUCGACGACAUCCAGAAGAUGAACCCGCCAAAGUUCGACAAGGUGGAGGACAUGGCCGAUCUCACCUGCCUCAACGAAGCCUCCGUGCUGCAUAACAUCAAGGACAGAUACUACUCCGGCCUCAUUUAUACAUACUCGGGUCUCUUCUGCGUGGUGGUGAACCCAUACAAGAAGCUGCCCAUCUACACGGAGAAGAUCAUGGAGAGAUAUAAGGGGGUGAAGCGGCACGAGCUCCCGCCGCACGUGUUCGCCAUCACAGACACCGCGUACCGCUCCAUGUUGCAAGACCGCGAGGACCAGUCGAUCCUGUGCACGGGAGAGUCCGGUGCCGGUAAGACAGAGAACACCAAGAAGGUGAUACAGUACCUGGCCUACGUCGCCGCCUCCAAACCCAAGGGCUCCGGCGCGGGCCCCUCACCACAGUUGAUAAUAGGAGAGCUAGAACAGCAGUUGCUGCAGGCCAACCCUAUUCUAGAAGCCUUCGGUAACGCGAAGACAGUAAAGAACGACAACUCGUCACGUUUUGGUAAAUUCAUAAGAAUAAACUUUGACGCGUCCGGAUACAUAGCGGGCGCGAACAUAGAAACAUACCUCCUAGAGAAGUCACGAGCGAUACGACAAGCCAAAGAUGAGAGGACCUUCCACAUAUUCUACCAGCUCCUCGCCGGGGCGACGCAGCAGCAGAAGGCGGAGUACAUAUUGGAAGACCCCAAGAGCUACCCCUUCUUGUCAAAUGCUGCUCUCCCGGUACCUGGAAUUGAUGAUAACGCGGAGUUCCAAGCCACAAUCAAGUCGAUGAAUAUCAUGGGCAUGAACAACGAAGACUUCAACUCGAUAUUCAGGAUAGUGUCGGCGGUGCUGCUGUUCGGCUCCAUGCAGUUCAAGCAGGAGAGGAACUCCGACCAGGCGACGUUGCCCGACAACACUGUUGCACAGAAGAUCGCACAUUUAUUAGGUCUUUCGGUAACGGAAAUGACGAAAGCGUUCCUCAAACCCAGAAUAAAGGUCGGCCGCGACUUCGUCACGAAAGCACAAACCAAGGAGCAGGUGGAGUUCUCGGUGGAGGCGAUAGGCAAGGCCUGCUACGAGCGGCUGUUCCGGUGGCUAGUCAACAGGAUCAACCGCUCCCUGGACCGCACCAAGCGGCAGGGUGCCUCCUUCAUCGGCAUCCUCGAUAUGGCCGGCUUCGAGAUCUUCGAGCUCAACUCCUUCGAGCAGCUGUGCAUCAACUACACCAACGAGAAGCUCCAGCAGCUGUUCAACCACACGAUGUUCAUCCUCGAGCAGGAGGAGUACCAGCGGGAGGGCAUCGAGUGGAAGUUCAUCGACUUCGGCCUCGACCUCCAGCCCACCAUCGACCUCAUCGACAAGCCCAUGGGCAUCAUGGCGCUGCUCGACGAGGAGUGCUGGUUCCCCAAGGCCACCGACAAGACCUUCGUCGAAAAGCUGGUCUCUGCGCACUCGGUCCACCCGAAGUUCGUCAAGACCGACUUCCGCGGCAUCGCCGACUUCGCCAUCAUCCACUAUGCGGGCAAGGUGGACUACUCGGCCGCCCAGUGGCUCAUGAAGAACAUGGACCCGCUCAACGAGAACGUCGUGUCGCUCCUCCAGUCGUCGCAGGACCCGUUCGUGUGCCACAUAUGGAAGGACGCGGAGAUCGUGGGCAUGGCGCAGCAGGCGAUGACCGACACGCAGUUCGGCGCGCGCACCAGGAAGGGCAUGUUCCGGACCGUGUCGCAGCUCUACAAGGAGCAGCUGACUAAGCUGAUGGCGACGCUCCGGAACACGAAUCCCAAUUUCGUCCGGUGCAUCAUCCCCAACCACGAGAAGCGGGCCGGCAAAAUCGAGGCCGCCCUGGUGCUCGACCAGCUCCGGUGCAACGGGGUGCUGGAGGGAAUUAGGAUUUGCAGGCAAGGGUUCCCCAACAGGAUCCCCUUCCAGGAGUUCAGGCAGCGGUACGAGCUGCUCACGCCCAACAUCAUAUCGAAGGGCUUCAUGGACGGCAAGAAGGCCUGCGAGCAGAUGAUCGAGGACCUGGAGCUCGACCACAACCUGUACCGAGUGGGGCAGUCCAAGAUAUUCUUCCGGGCCGGGGUGCUGGCUCACCUGGAGGAGGAGAGGGACUACAAGAUAACCGACCUGAUCGUGAACUUCCAAGCGUUCUGCCGCGGGUUCCUGGCUCGCAGGAACUACCAGAAACGCCUGCAGCAGCUCAACGCCAUCAGGAUCAUCCAGAGGAAUUGCGCUGCGUACCUCAAGCUGAGGAACUGGCAAUGGUGGAGGCUGUACAUCAAGGUGAAACCCCUCCUCGAAGUCACCAAGCAGGAGGAGAAGCUAACGCAGAAGGAGGACGAGCUCCGGCAGAUCCGGGACAAGCUGGAGACGCAUGUCAAGCUGUGCCAGGAGUACGAGGCCAAGUACCAGCAGGCCAACUCCGAGAAGACCCAGCUGGCCGAGCAGCUGCAGGCUGAGCUGGAGCUGUGCGCGGAGGCGGAGGAGUCUCGCGCGCGCGCUGCGGCCCGCAAGCAGGAGCUGGAGGAGCUGCUCCACGACAUGGAGGGCCGCAUCGAGGAGGAGGAGGAGCGCUGCGCCACGCUGCAGCAGGAGAAGAAGCGCCUGCAGGUUAACAUACAGGACUUGGAAGACCAGCUCGAGGAGGAGGAGGCGGAGCGCCAGAAGCUGCAGAUCGAGCUGGUGCAGUGCAACUCCAAGCUGAAGAAGCUGGAGGAGGACCUGGCUCUCAGUGAGGACACCAACCAGAAGAUGGUGAAGGAGAAGAAGAUCCUGGAAGAGAGGGCCAACGACCUCUCGCAGGCGCUCGCGGAGGAGGAGGAGAAGGCCAAGCACCUGGGCAAGCUGAAGGCCAAGCAGGAGUCCGUUAUUGCGGAGCUGGAGGAGAAACUGUUGAAGGACCACCAGCUGCGCAAGGAGGCGGACAGCAUGCGGCGCAAGCUGGAGACCGAGCUGCAGGACGUCAAAGAACAGCUGGCCGAGCGGAAGGCGCAGGUCGAUGAGCUGCAGAUUGUGCUCAGCAAGCGCGAGGAGGAGCUCGCGGGGGCUGUGGCGCGCGCGGACGAGGAGGGAGCGGCGCGGGCGGCUGCGGCAAAGGCGGCGCGUGAGGCCGAAGCCGCGUUAGCUGAGGCCCAUGAUGACCUGGAGGCGGAGCGCGCCGCACGCACCAAGGCCGAGAAACUACGACGUGACCUCAACGAGGAGUUGGAAGCGCUGAAAUCGGAGCUGCUCGACUCACUGGAUACCACCGCUGCCCAGCAGGAGCUGCGUUCGAAGCGCGAGCAGGAGGUGGCGGUGCUGAAGCGCAGCCUGGAGGAGGAGGCGGGCGCGCACGAGGCGGCGCUCGCCGACCAGCGACACAAGCACUCGCAGGAGCUGCAGGCGCUCGCCGAGCAGCACGAGCAGCUCAAGAAGACCAAGGCCGCGUUGGAGAAGGCGAAGGCGUCUCUAGAGGCGGAGAACGCGGACUUGGCAACAGAGCUGAAGAGUGCAGCAGCGGCGCGCGCGGACGGCGAGCGGCGCCGCAAGCAGGCUGAAGCCCAGCUGCAGGACUUAGCCGCUAAGCUGGCUGAAGUGGAGCGCGCUAGGUCUGAGGUGGCGGAGAAGUGUGCCCGACUGCAGGGCGAGGCGGAGCAGGCGCUGCAGCAGCUGGAGGCGGCCGAACUGAAGGCCUCCGCCGCCGCCAAGCAGGCCGCCACCGCGGGCGCGCAGCACGCCGAGCUACAGGGGUUGUUGGAGGAGGAGACGAAACAGAAGCUGGCGCUGCAGACGAAGCUGCGGAACGUGGCGCAGGAGCUCGAGCAGGCCAGGGACCAGCUCGACGAGGAGGAGGAGGCCAAGAAGAAUCUCGAGAAACAGGUGGUAGCUCUGACGCAGCAGGUGGCGGACGCGAAGAAGAAGGCGGAGGAGGAGGCGGAGGCGGCCGCGGCGCUGGAGGAGCAGCGCAAGAAGCUCGCCAAAGACAUGGAGGCGCUGCACAGACAGAUCGACGAGCUGCAGCAGGCCAACGACAAACUGGAUAAGAGUAAAAAGAAGAUUCAGGCGGAGCUGGAGGACACGAACAUCGAGCUGGAGGCGCAGCGUGCCAAGGUGCUCGAGCUAGAGAAGAAACAGAAGAACUUCGAUAAGGUUGUGGCAGAGGAACGCGCGGUGGCGGAGCGGUACGCGGCGGAGCGCGACACGGCGGAGCGCGAGGCGCGCGACAAGGAGACGAGAGUGCUCUCGCUCACACGAGACUUGGAUCUGGCUGCGGAGAAGAUCGAAGAACUAGAACGGUCGAAGCGAGUCUUGCAAUCCGAGUUGGACGAGCUAGCCAACACUCAGGGCACGGCCGAUAAGAAUGUUCAUGAGUUGGAGAAGGCCAAGCGCGCGCUGGAGUCCCAGCUCGCAGAACUGAAGGCACAGAACGAGGAGAUAGAGGAUGAUCUGCAGCUGACAGAGGACGCCAAACUCCGCCUGGAAGUUAACAUGCAGGCGAUGCGGGCGCAGUUCGAGCGGGAUCUGCAGGCCAAGGAGGAGGCUGGCGAGGAGAAGCGGCGUGGCAUCGUGAAGGCGCUGCGCGAGCUGGAGGCGGAGCUGGAGGACGAGCGCAAGCAGCGCGCCGCGCAUGCCGCCACGCGCAAGAAGCUCGAGGCCGACCUCAAGGACGCCGAGCAGGCGCUGCACCUCGCCAACAAGGUGAAGGAGGACGCCGUGAAGCAGGCGAAGAAGCUGGCGGUGCAGCUGAAGGAGGCGGUGCGCGAGGCGGAGGAGGCGCGCGCCGGCCGGGAGGAGGCCACCGCCGCCGCCAGGGACGCCGAGCGCAGGGUCAAGGCUCUGGAGGCGGAGGCGCUGCAGCACGCGGAGGAGGUGGCGGCGGCGGAGCGCGCGCGCCGGCACGCCGAGGCCGAGCGCGACGACAGAGACGACGAGCUGACUGCCGGCAACGCCAAGAUCACGUUACUGGUGGACGAGAAGAAACGCCUGGAGGCGCGGAUAGCGGCGCUCGAGGAGGACUUAGAUGAAGAGCAGUCCAACAACGAAAUACUCAACGACAGACUUAGGAAAUCACAGAACCAGAUCGACCAGCUGACGAUGGAGCUGGGCACGGAGAAGGCGGCGACGCAGAAGCUGGAGAGCAGCAAGCUGGUGCUCGAGCGACAGAACAAGGAGCUCAAGGCCAAGCUGGCCGAGCUGGAGACUGCUGGACGUUCCAAGACCAAGGGUCUGAUCACUUCGCUGGAGCUGAAGGUGUCCAACCUGGAGGAGCAGCUGGAGGCGGAGUCCCGGGAGCGGCUGGCGCAGCAGAAGGCGUCGCGCAAGCUCGACAAGAAGAUGAAAGAGCUAGCCCUGCAGCUGGACGAGGAGCGCCGGCAGGCGGACCAGUACAAGGAGCAGAUAGAGAAGAUGAACGGGCGCGUGAAAGCGCUGAAGCGGGCGGUGGACGAGGCGGAGGAGGAGGUGCAGCGGGAGAAGGUGGGCAAGAGGAAGGCACAGCGCGAGCUCGACGACCUCAUAGAGACGCACGAGACCCUCACCAGGGAGUGCACCAACCUCAGGAACAAGCUCAGACGGCAAGGCGGCGGACCUAUCGGUCUGUCGGGAUCGCGGAAACGCGGAUCCAUGGCGACGGGUGGCGGCGGCGCCUCGGGCGACGAGUCCUUCGACGACGGCACCGACGCCGCCAACAGCCUCGACUAAACUAAGCCCCGCCCCGCGACUGCCUACCGCGGACGAUCCCACUUCUGACACCUCAUCCCACUUCUGACACCUGAGGGUGUAAUAAAAAACGAGCUUAUUUAUACAAUAUGAACAGUCAAUUAAUUAAAAAAUAAUAAGGGCUAAAUUAUUAGUAUAUUGUAAAACGGGGUUAGAUGAACGGCUUAUACAUGGCAAUCCCUUGGCAAGUGUAGGAGCGUCGCCGAUCCCCCUUUCUGGCUAUUCUCAUUGAAGACAUGGAAAGGGGCUUUGUGCUGUAGCUUGAUGGAUGUGCAUUAGUCCCCUAGUAACGCUGUAGUGUUGAAAUAGACUGGUUAACUUUAACCGAGUUUUUUAUAAUCUUUCUAAAAUGCUUACUUGUACACGUGUACAAGUAAGCAUUUUAACAAUAUUGUAAGCCUAAGCGUGCUGUCACAAGUGGAAUCGCUCGCUAGUUUUAUAGGAGACAUUUUUUUGAGAAUUUUAAUAUUAAAUAUUAACCGUUAUAAGUUCAUUUUAUAUCUUAAAGCCUACGACACUGUAUAAACAUACAUAAAUGUAAUUUAAGGUUAUAUAUAAGGACACGAUAAUAAUAAUUUUUGUAAUCCUAGCUGCUGCAUUUUUAUACAAUUCGAUAACCAAAUUCAGAGGGAAAUAUUUUUGUUAUCCUUUUUUGUAAUAUGGCAAUAAUGGUAAGAUGAAUUUGACUGUUGGCACCAAAAACCUCCCCUUUGGUGCUUGAUGCAUAUAUUAACGUUUCUGCGACGGAACGCCGGUGCCUUUUUGUUUUCCAGCACUCUGGUGUUGCUAGCCGUUCCGUCGAAAUCGCACUUCAAAAAUACGAUUGGAUUAUCCAAACCAGUAUUAAUAUAAAACAUUCCUUAACAAUCAUGUUUUCGAUUAAUUUAAUGACGUAGUCGAACGGGUAAAAUUUACUCAUUGGGUGAUAUUUAAAGAAAUUAAAAUUAAGUAUUAUGUGAUGUGGCAAAUAUUGGUGUAUCAUCGCGACUGGGUUUUGCAGUUUUUUUUUUACCUUGACGCACUUAGAUAUUCCAGGAUUCCAGGCAUUUAAAUGUUUUGCAGAUUUAAAAAUUCAAAAGAGGAAUCCCAGCUUCGUACCGCAUACUUGUAAAUAAAGUCAGUGGUGCACUGAGCGCUUAGUUGCCAUAACCGUAGUGUAAGUGAGGGCGACCCAGCACACCGGACGUCGGCGAGUCUCCGGUCCCAUGUACUUAAAUUACAUCCUCCAUGCUUCGACCGUCAGCCAGACCGCCGACUCCCCGCCCCAGAAGUGAAUACAUUCACCGGGAACAUGUUAUAAUCGUUUUUCCCGGCGGUGGGUGUAUUUAUUUCAGUAUUGCCGAUGGUCCGCCGGCUGGUGUAUAUAGGCGCCGGCGGCUCGCGCUAGACCGCUUCACAUAGAUGUAGGUAAUGAACUAGUAAUAAAUUGUGGCCUUACGCCCCCCGGGCUGCCACGUUUGUACCAUGUAUCUUUAACUUUGUAAACCCUUUACGGCAGUAACUAUUGUUUUAUUGUAACGACCUCUUUUUUAUUAUAGUUUUUUUUUUCUGAAUAAUAUAAAAUUUUUAAUGUAAGUAAACCAUUGAAACAAACAUAUUUUACAUAAAUAUUAUAUUUAAUUAUUAACAAUAUUUGAUAAUUGUAAAAUUGGCCAUAGGUUGUAACGAGUUAUCAGUUGGUAUGCCAAUUAAACAAUUUUUCAUGAUUUUUAUUAA